AAAAUCCUUCAACAACUAAUGGUGAUCUUUUUAGUGUAAGUUUGACAAAUGCAUGUGAAGAUUUAUAUAAUAAAACUGAAUUGAAGUGGACACUAUGGCCAAGUGAAACAUAUAAAGAAUUUAUGAUAGCUGUAACUCAAUAUCAUAUUUCAGAUGCUGCUGCUAAAUCUAUGCUACAAAUAAUUAAAAAACAUUAUUUUUUACUUGAUUAUCAAGAACAAUGGGAACUCAAUGGUACAACACUUGAUUCUCUUGGACAACAAUCAAAAUAUCCUGUUUUUUUAAUACUUGCAAUAUUCCAAAUUGGUACUGUAAUUUACCAGAUGCCAAGAAUAUUUGCUGAAUCCACUUCUAAAAAAAUGGCAAUAAAUGGAAAAAUAGAACAUUUUACUCCUUAUUUAUCAGCUAUACUUGCAGAUAUGUUGGAAGCACAAGAUAUCUGUUGUACAUACAAAUCAUAUUGUACACAGUAUGCCUUAUUCCUGGAGAUCAAUUGA